UCGCCAUGAAUAAUAUGAUAUUGCACAGAUUUUUAUAUGCAUUUUUCCCUAUUAAUUUAUAUAAUACAUUAUAGUUGAAAAUUUGGAUUGAUUAGCAAACCUUUGUUGUCUCACUCCACUUUAGGACUUGUUUACAAACAAUAACACGCAAGGAAUUCAAAGUGUUUCCUAUUAAUAAUUCAUUUAUUGCGACAUUUAUUUGUGUGAGUAAGGUUCAGUAGUUUUUUUUUUUUUGGUGAAUACAACAACACUGAAGUCUGCAUAGUAAAGUUAGUACUAGCUGCUAAACUUUGAAAUGCAACUGAAUGAGCGCAGGUGUCGAGUGCCGUUAUUUUACCAAAUCCAAUAAAUAGCUCAAUAUAAAAAUGUUGUGGCCAUAGGUUAGCACAUUAUUUGAAAAAUGUUCGAUUUGGUUAAAGGUCGUGGUCGCAGCGUGUUCGCAUCCCGCGAUGCAGUUAUUUAUCUUUUCAACACAUUUCGAUUUGUUGGUCUCAAUCCACCGCCUCACUGCCGUUUACUGUACUACUUCUAUGGCAGUAUUAUAACGCUUUUUGUCGUCCUACUUUCGCCGCUCAUCUUCAAUGUAGGCUGGAUACGUGAUAGAAAUAUCUUAUCGGUAAUGGAGAUCCUAAAUUGUGUCCAAGCGGCUCUCAACGUCAUCGGUGUGCCAAUUAAGAGCAUCACAUUGGCCUUGUCAUUGGGUCGUUUACGCAGCGUUGAACCGCUGUUGUCGAAGUUAGAUGCACGUUACACCGAACCCGAGGAUUUGGCCAAGAUACGAGCCUGUGCAAUCACUGGCAAUCGCAUCGUGUUCGGCUACAUUAUCUCAUAUAUGAUGUACGAAACACUGACUGUGGUCACCGCAUUGCUGGGCGGUCAUGCGCCGCUAACCUUGUAUAUUCCAUUUGUGGAUUGGCAUCGCUCAGCUUGGGAGUAUUGGUUGCAAUCUAGCUUUGAUGGCGCUAUGCUCUUCUUUCUACUCUUCCAUCAAAUACUUAAUGACUCAUAUCCAGCUGUAUAUAUUUAUAUUAUACGUACACAGGUACAAUUGUUGGCAAAUCGGGUCAGGCGCUUGGGGACAGCAAAUAAAAGCCAGGAGCAGACAUAUCAUGAGCUGCAGGAUUGCAUUAUAACACAUCAGGAGAUAUUAAGAUUGGUGAGCGUCGUGGAACCGAUUAUCUCUUUAACGCUGUUUGUGCAGUUCUUCAUCGCUGCAGCUAUCUUAGGCACGACCAUGAUAAAUAUCUUUAUUUUCGCUGACUUCGCUACAAGAAUUGCUUCGGGCACCUAUAUGUUUUGUGUACUGCUGCAAACUUUUCCCACUUGCUUCUACGCUACUCACUUGCAGUCGGAUUGCGAGCAGCUGUCCAUGUCGAUUUUCCAUUGCAAUUGGCUUUCGCAAGGCAAACGCUUCAACACGAUGUUGCUAUAUUUUCUACACCGCUCUCAGGCGGAUAUACCGUUGUUCGCUUUGAAGUUAGUGCCAAUUAAUUUGUCUACAAAUGUGUCAAUUGCUAAGUUUUCAUUCACCCUUUAUACAUUUAUCCAAAAGAUGGGUGUGGGUAAGAAUCUGAAGUAACAAAGGACCAGAUGUAAUAUUGGACUCAAUUAUUGAAAAAUGUAAUUUAUAGUGAACCUCAGAUGUACUUCGAAUUCUCCAAUUUCGUAACUGCAAUAAAUUUUAUUGUCCCACUUCGUCGCCACAUACAUACAUGUAUCCUUUAGAAGGACAAAUCGGUUUAAAUAAAAGCUUAUGAUGCUUUGACACCUUCAACAAUUUCUUUUAAUUUUGUUAUUUUGAUAAAUUUGGAAAACAAAUAUUGAGAUGACCAAAAUCCUCAUAAGUGAAGUGAAAAAAAACAAAUUUGUAUUGUCCAUUAUAAAUCCUAUAAUAAAAGAUAUCUUCCUCUUUUGGCCGAGUUUACAACAGCGCACCAGUCGUUUCUUCCUUUCGCAAGGUGGGGCCAAUUGGAGAUUCCAAGCGAAACCAGGUCCUUCUCCACCUGUCUUUCCAACGAAGUGGAGGUUUUCCUCUUUUUCUGUUUCCCUCGGCGGGUACUGCGUCGAGUACUUUGGGAGCGGGAGUGUUUUCAAUUAUUCGGACGAAGUAGCACCUUUUGGCAAUAGUUAUUCUGCGUUGGAUUUCGAGGCUUACGUUGUUGUUAAUGUUGGUUCCAAGAUAGCAAGAAAGCAGAACUAACGUCAUGGUUGUUGAGGCUUUGUCUCUUCAGACAACUGUAUGUCGCCGUAUGACGAUUUUGACAUCGCUGUUGGAGCAGUACUCAUAGGUGUCAUAGGGUAAUUGUCACAUCGUCCUUCUCUUACGUCGAACAUGGGCGCAAAUCAACGCAUACUUGAGGAAUUUCGUUUUGUCCGAAUUAUAUAAGUUCUUCCACCGGUGUGAAUACCAGAACUGGGUGACGAAAUUCGACUGAUUCGGAUUAUUUUUCUGGCGGCAUCUUGUUUCUUCCACCGUAAAAUGCGUAUAAUGAUUAGGCUUAUUAGUUGUGUUCCCUGAGUACGUGAUCGAAUUAUGAAUUUCAUCGUUUAUAUUUGUCCGUGUCCGAAUUGUGUUAUCAU